CGUCGCCACAAAGUUUGCGGUGUUGCAGGGAUCCGGCGCUGUGGCGCUCUUUGUCGCAAGGAACGUAGACUUCUAUUUGCUCGACUUCUUUGAAAUAAAAACAUUCCAAGAGCGGAGCUUCUCUUUCCUGCUCUGCGUCUAUUCGUUAGCGCGCAUUUGCUGCGCUUUUUUGAUCCUGUUUCUCCUGGUGCCGAGAUUACAGCUCGGAAUCAAUAAAUUGUGAUUCAGCCACAGCCCAGCAUGAGGAAUAUGAAUGAUGAAGACUGUAGUAGAGCUGUGUGACCGAAACUGCUACAGUGUUAUAGUGAAAAAAUGUGAUGUAGUGCCCACAACUUACUAGAGGAUGUUCUGCACAAGAAAUAAAAGAAUCUCGUGCAGGUUUGGUAGAUCUCCUUAUUACAACACUUUUAACAAGCGUUUCGGUGUAGCUGUAGGGUAGCUGCACCUAUCCCACGGCAGGCAGGGGCGGGACCGAAAUUUCCUUUUCAUAUUUUUGCAAUGAGGCAAAAGAACAAGCAACAGAAACUGAAACAUGAUGGAGGAAGUGGUGCUGACCACUGUAACUUCCUAGUUGUCGUGUCUUCGAGCAGUUUAUCUGCGAUUUCUGAGUGGAGAUGAGCGUUGGCGGCGCAUCAAACCUCCUAUGCGGUACUAGAGAGGCGUUGUAGUGAUGAAAAAUAGCUUCAAGAACGUCCUCUGCUCGACGCACUUGUUAGAGCAGAGCUGCAGAUGAACAUAAAAAUUGGAGGCCGUUUAUUCAAGUUCAUGGGAGUGGAGUUUUUCGAGGCGCAGGCGCACGACCACCACUCCGUGCUGGAGAUGAAAAUGAAAAUACAGAACCAGGAACACUGGCACCAGAGCAAAAGCGCAUUUAUUUUUAGGCCGCACCCGAGUUCUUGUUGUUGGCAUGGUACGGAAUAGGUGCAGCACCAUCGUGAUUUGUGUUUUUUCUCUACUUGAGCAAGAACUGCAGCAACAACAGACACCACUCAACUACUCAACUUCCACAAAAGGAGACACCUCACACACAUCAGAGGGGGUCUGUUGGUCUCCGGUCCUCCGUCCUCAGUCCAUCCCAAGGCAAUAGAAGACAACGAGAGAAGAAGGGAGAAAGCCCACACACAUCGAUCAAGGGGGGUUUGUUGGUCUCCGGUCCUCGGUCCUCAGUCCAUCCCAAGGCAACAGAAGAAGGGGGAAAGCUCACACACAUCAGCGGGGGUUUGUUGGUCUCCGGUCCUCGGUCAUCAGUCCCUCCCAAGGUAAUAGAAGACAACGAGAGAAGAAAGAAGAAAGCGCACACACAUCAAGAAAGGGGGUUUGUUGGUCUCCGGUCCUCGGUCCUCAGUCCAUCCCGAUGUAAUAGAAGACAGCGAGAGAAGAAGGGAGAAAGCUCACACAUAGGAUGGGGCUUGUUGGUCUCCGGUCCUCGGGCCUCAGUCCAUCCCAAGGCAAUAGAAAGACGACGAGAGAAGAAGGGAGAAAGCCCACACACAUCAGAGGGAGUUCGUUGGUCUCCGGUCCUCGGUCCUCAGUCCUUCGCAGGGUAGUAGUUGGCGAGAUAAGAAGGCAGAAAACCCACACACAUCACAGGGGGCCGGCUGGUCUCCGGUCCUCGGUCCCCAGUCCAUCGCAAGGCAAUAGAUGGCGAGGCAAGAAGGUAGAAGGCCGACACACAUCAAAGGGAGUUUGUUGGUCUCCGGCCCUCGGUCCAUCACCGGGCAAGAUCCGACGGGGAAAGAAGGUAGAAAGCCCCCACACAAAAAAAAGGGGGCCAAUUGGUCCACGGCCCCCCCUCAGUCCAUCGCGGGGCAGCAGCUGGCGAGAUAAGAAAGAGGGCAGAAAGCUCACACAAAUGCGCGCGGGCUGUUGGUCUCCGGCACUCGGUCUGCAGUUCAUCGCGGGGCGGCGCCUGGCGAGACAGAUAAGAAGGCAGAAAGCCCCCACGCAGGGGCCUGCUGCUUUCCGGUCCUCGGCCCUGAGUGAGUCUGUAGAGCGAUCAGACCCGGCGAGCGUGAUUGCUAGCAUGGUACAAAGGCCAGGCAUUUACGACGGAGCCUGUUCGUCUCCGGCUCUCGGUCCUCCGUCCCUCAUGGGGCGGCGCACCACUUACAUACAGAAACAGGUCGAAGGCCUACGGACAUCGGCGGGGGCGUGUGGGUCUCUGGUCCUCGGCCCUCCGUUCCUCCCGAGGUUGGUAAUAUCUGAGUUGGCGCAAACAAUACGUGUCGCGCUAGGCAGCAGGGAGGCCGAACGAAAGCAAUCGGGCCGGCCGCCGCUCCCCCCGCACAGGCCCCGCCCCCGGACUUUGUUUGUUCCAGCGGCCGCGGCCGUGACGCACAUGAAAAUGAAUGACGUCGCGGAGGGAGCCCGGGCGCAACAGGAGGCGACCGAGCGCCGCCAUUUUUCCUCGCCUCCCUGGCGGGCGCGCCCGUACAUACUAAAUGAACAGGCGGCGAACUGAAGCGCCACGGCGCCCCGGCCCCCGUUGCUUUUGAUCACACAACCGGCAACCGAGCGACACGACGGACGUGAGCCCGCGCGCGCCCACAUACGGCGCCAGGGUCUUACGGCUUUCGUUGAUUCCUUCGCCUGGCUCUGAAGGCGAAGCGGUGCACUACGCGGGAACAAAGAUAGCGAUGCACAGCGCGCGCCCGGCCUCGCUUGCGAUCUGCCAGGCUGUGAACCACGCGCGCGCGCUGUUGUUCUUUGCGCCCCCCUGCAUUUCAACACGAAACGCGCCACCUGGCAGAUUGGUGGCCGCCCACCGAAAUCACUAGCCGCCUGCGCCGCCUUCGUCAUCGCCGAAACUUCGAGGCGACGGGCCGGGGCUCCGGGGGCUGCUGUCCGUCGUUGUCGCUGGGAGAAGGGUCCGAGGCAGUAUCUGCGCCGGCCCCUUCGGCUUCCACCCCCGACCGGUUGGCUUCGGGCUGUCCGAUUAGUUACGGGCGAAAUGAACAAAAUCCAGCCGGUUUGUCAGCCUUCAGCAUACAUUUCUGCACCGCCCAGCAGGUAUCCGCCCCAAUCAAAUGAAAACGACCCGCGCGGCCUUCGUUUUUUUUUUCCGCGGCUCGCCUUUCAGUUGCUUGUCGGCCGCGACCUGGUUUGAAAGAUCAGGAAGGGCACGCGGGUCGGGACUUGGGUGGCCCAUUUCAAAGUGGCGGGACCAUCUUGAUCCAUUACGGGCAUGAAGCUGAUCGCACUAAUCAGAAUCGCGCCGGCCCAUGUGCUUUGUUUUUUUUGCUGGGCCGCGCCUUGCGGAGACGGCCCCACUCAAAGCCUAAAAAAUUUACGGUCGGCCUUGGCCAUUUCCGGCGCAGGCUUUCGCUUCUGGCUGCGCCCCCUUUUCCUCUUCGCUGUCCUCUGUUGUGUUGCGGCCGCCCACCCAUGGCAUUUCCGGAAUUGGGCGAAAGCCGUCGGGGCGUCGCCCUUGUGUGCGAGACCUUUGCCGCGCUCUAAUUCGGGGGCGCUUUCACGCUCUUGCGUUUUGGGCUUGCGUUUGUGUCUUACUUUUUGUUCUCAUUUUUUGUUCUUAUUUUUUGCUGUUGUUUUUUGUCUUACUUUUUCGCCCUACUUUUUUGGCCUACUUUUGUGCCCUACUUUGUUUUCAUUUUUAUUUUUUUGUUUUAGAGGCCGCGCGAUUAAUUGGCCUCCUUCUCGAUACGUAGGCGCGGUCGGUCGUCUGGCGGGCCGUAGGUAUCCACAGAUGGCCGGGCCCAUCCGGGCCCGACCAGUGUUUCCUUUUCGGGCUUCAAAAAUCUCAGGCCACAACUUCCCCGCCCCGGCGAGAAAAAAUUUGCUUUGCUUGCUGCGUUUUCUCAGCUGGGUCUCUGCGCGGUUUCUGCGGUGUAGCUGGAACAGAAUGAAGCAGAACGACAGAUAUUGCUUGGGCGCGCGCGGCGCGCGCGUGGAUUGGCAUACGGAUGCAACAAAAGAAAGCGCUUCAAGCGCGCGACGCGCGCCCGCAAACUGAAAAAAAGCUCGCGGCGCGCGCUGGUGCCCGCGCGCAGCGGAGAACAUGCAGCGGAGCACGUGCCGCCCCAAUGGUCGAAGUGGCCGCCUCAGCUUUUGCAAAUGCGGGCGGUGCUGAGGUGGUCGCUUCAACAACCCGAGGGCGGCUGCGCAGUGCUGCGCUACAAGUAGCUGCCUCCUGGUGGUCCAUUUCUGCUAUGGCCUCUGAGAAGGCCUCUAAGAAAUCCUUUAGCAAUGCCUUUAGUUCUGCUUUCUAAUUCCGCCUCUGCAAUUCUUCUAAUUCUUUCGCCCACGCGGCAGCUUCGAGGCUUCUAAAAAUCCGCUAAAGCUGCCGGGUAGGCGAAAUCACACACAAAGUCGCAGCUUCGCGGCUUUAGAAGAUGAAAGAGAAGCACUUCGGACGGCAAAACCGGAAUCGGAACCGGAAGGCUCUUCCGGUGAGCCGGAAGAUUCCCAUUCCGCCGCCUGCUUCGGCUUCACGGAACCAUGUAAGAUCCGGCAGCUGUAGAUAUCUGCCUGCGGCCUGCGGGAGAUGAUGCGCAUGCUCGAGAGCAACGAGCAUCAUCUUCCGCGAAACGACAAGCAAAUGCCUGCCCUCAUAUUUCCCCCCGCACUGCGAAACGCCCAGCAAGGUGGUAUGUGCCUGGUGCCUCUACCUUCUAUCUUGCCCCGCCCUAUAUUGCUAGCCUCGAGAUGAACCGAGGCCCGAGGACCGAAGGGCAGCAUCCUCCUGCGCAUGUGUCUGGUGCUUCUGCCUCCUUGUCUCGGCACGUAUUACCUCGCGAGGAACUGAGGACCGAGGACCGGGGACCAGCAGCCUCCUUUCAGGCAGACAGGCCCGGGCGCCCUUUUCUUCUAAUUGGAUUCUGGUUCUUGGCUAAUUUGAGUACUAAAAAACGCGAAGGGUCGAUCCUCGGCGAGCCCACCUGAAACGACAGGCGCCCAAAGUCCGAGCGAUGGGCGAAGCAUGUUGAUGGCAAUACACGCGCCCGGCAAAAGAAACACAACCAAGGACACCUUCCGGACGUGGGUCUGCCUGCGCCCAAGAGGCGAAAUUGGCGCACGCUGUCCCGACGACCGGGACAUGGGAUCGGCACCACAAAAACAUGAGCCCCAACCUCGAGCAUCAUCGCCCAACUAACCUGGCCACCCCCAAGCACUCAAAAAAACGGAAUGGGGAGGACAUCGCCUGCGCCGAACCCGGGCGAGGAGGACACAGAACAGAAACCCGAAGCAGGAGACAACGAAGCCGGCUAAUUUGCGAAUCGGCAAAGGCAGAAAAGCUGGACAAUUGGUGGCUAAAACAACUCCCGGAACGCCCUCCGGGACCCGGCGGACCCCCAAAAAAAACCCUGCUAAUUUGCAAUCUAAUUUCUUUGCCCCCCUGUUCUAAUUGGUGGGCUAACUUGCGUCUAAUUUGCAGAACCCCAAGGCCCCAGGCCCUGUCUAAUUUGCAGAACAACGCAAAAAACAAGUGCGAUUUUGCCUAUGCCCGAGGUAUAGGCGAAAUCACACACGAAAUUCCCACCCGAUGCAAAUUAGCCAGCCAAUUAGCAAUCAAUUAGCAACAAAUUAGGUAACAAUUAGCCAGGGCAUUUUUCGGGUCCAGAAUUGGGCCCGAAACAGAUUAGCGGCGUUUUAGAAUUUCAAAUUAGAAUUUUCCGGGAGGUGUUUUAGCAAGCAAAAGCGGGCCUUUUUCCCGAGGCCCCGCCGAUUCUUCCCGGGGGAGAAUACCGGACGGCCGCCCCGGGAAAAGAUGGAGAACACAGACCAAUGGCGCGAUCCCCUGUCGCCCCGACCCCGGAGUCAGGGCGCGGGCCCCGCGCGGCAGAGGGCACCACACACAGACCGAAAUCCGGGAACCCUGGCGCCCUCCCGAGGGGAAUGACAAAACGGCAACGGCCCCAAAUGCGAAGCCUGCACCUCGGGGCCGGUGAGGAUCCACAGAGAGGAUGCGGCGGGCCUCCGAUUGUCGACGCGCCACACCGUCCGGGGCGUUCCCGGUACCCACAAAACACACACAAAAACCGGCGCCACGCCAUUGCCCCGGGGGCGGCCAAACGCGGCCCCCCGGCUGCCAACAAGACACCCAUCGAGCUCCCCAAUUAGCCAACUUUUAGGAAAUAACUAGAAACAGAAACCGCCCGGGGCUGUCUGCCUGACUCCUUCUUAUGUGUCUGGUGUUUCUACCUUCUUAUCUCCUCACGUCCUACCUCGUAAUGGAGUGAGGACCGAGGACCGGAGACCAGCAGCCUCCUUCUUAUGUGUCUGGUGCCUCUCCCUUCUUCUCUCCUCAUCUACUCCCUCGCGAUGGAGUGAGGACCGAGGACCGGAGACCAACAGCCUCCUUCUUAUGUGCCUGGCGCUUCUCCCUUCUUAUCUCCUCAUAUAUUACCUCGCGACGGACUGAGGACCGAGGACCGGAGACCAACAGCCUCCUCUUUAUGUGUGUCAAAUGUCUACCAUUUUAUGGAGUGCGUUACUCUAAAUGAGUUGCCUUUAAGAUCUUCUGUUGUUACUUUUUCAAUUCCUUUUAAAGCAAAAACAUGAAACACGAUGGAACUGCACCUAUUCCGUACCAUGCCUUGUUCUUGUUCCACCUUGUCGAACCAAUAAAGAAAUAACAACGCGAACG